UGCUAAGAGACUGGGCUGCCACAAACCAGAGGUUCUCUGACUUCUUUUCCUACCUUUCUCCUCUUCAGCGUCUCCGAAUCCCGUCAUCAUGUCGGAGCCAGAAACUGAAGCCUUGCGAAGCACCUUUCUCUCUUACAUGGCGGAGGGCGAGCGGCUCUAUCUCUGCGGGGAGUUCUCUAAAGCCGCCCUUAGCUUCAGCAACGCUCUUCGACUUCAGAAUAGCGAUAAGAACUGCCUGGUUGCCCGCUCCAAGUGCUUCCUGAAGAUGGGAGAGUUGGAGAAAUCCCUGAAGGAUGCUGAAGCUUCACUCGAGGGUGACCCGACUUUCUGCAAGGGGAUUUUACAAAAGGCCGAGACCCUGUAUACCAUGGGAGACUUUGAAUUUGCCUUGGUGUUCUAUCAUCGAGGCUAUAAGCUGCGGCCUGAUCGGGAAUUCAAAGUUGGAAUUCAGAAAGCCCAGGAAGCCAUCAACAACUCAGUGGGAAGUCCUUCUUCGAUUAAACUGGAGAACAAAGGGGACCUCUCCUUCUUAAGCAAGCAGGCUGAGAAUAUGAAAGCCCUGCAGAAGCCUCAGCCCGUGAGACAUCUCUUAUACCACCCUGAGACAGAGUCUAAGAGGAAGGGCUCGCUCAAGAGUAAGAAAACUGUCCGCCAGCUCCUGGGCGAGCUCUACGUGGACAAGGAGUAUCUACAGAAGCUCCUAUUGGAUGAAGGUUCCGGACACUUUGUUUGCAACAGGGAACGGGGCAAAGGGAACCUAGGGUGGAUGUGUAAUGCAUGAGGCAGAGGCAGAGCCUAUUGUAUCCUAUUAGCCAACAUGUUCUUAUGGACAGUUUUACUAACAUUCUCACUUUACAGACGAGGAAAUUGAAACGCAGAAAGGUUAAGUAACUCACCUAAAGUCAGUGACAUGUC